AUGGCGUUCACGGUCGUGGCCAAUGUGGCCGCGGUGACACAGCUCAUCGGGCAGGCGACCGGGCUCAUCUCUAGCAUCAUUCGGGCGGUGGCGACGGCGCGGCAGAACAGGCGGGAGUGCGAGAACCUCGCGCUCCGCCUGUCCAUCAUCGGCGACGUGUUGCCACGCCUGCCUCAGGACCAGGUGGUGGAGCGGCCACUCAAGGAGCUGCGCACGGCGCUGGGCAAGGCGCACGAGCUCGUCCUUGCCUGUCAGGACAGGAGCGCCGCCAACCGCUUCUUCGGGGCUCGCCGCCACGCCGAUAGCUUCAGGGAAAUCAAUGCCAGGAUCUACUUCGUUCUCAGCCUCUUCCCCAUGGUGAACUAUGCUGCCAUCACCAGCCAUCUCGCUCGAAUCAGUCUCGAACACACAUGGGUGCCGACGAUGAUCACCGUGCCAUCGCCAAGCUCUUCCUCCCUGCAGACUCUGACGGUGGUGCCCGAUUACCCCUGCAUGUUCUCGUGGGCGGAGAUUGUAACGGCGACCAACAACUUUGCAGACAAGCUCGGCCGAGGUUGGUCGGGGACGGUGUACAAGGGCCGUCUCCACGACGGCCCGGAGGUGGCCGUUAAGGUGCUAGACAAGCACAGGCCGCAUGACACGUUCGUGCCGGAGCUCGUGAUCACCUUCCGCCUCCGCCACGACCACAUCGUGCGCCUCGUCGGUUGGUGCGAGGAGGAGGACGACCGCAUGUUCGUCUACGAGCAUAUCAGCAACGGCACGCUUAGAGACCACCUGCAGCGCGUGCGCUCGUCGCCGGUGACGGCGGCGCCCUGGAGGACCCGCAUCGCGGCGCUGUUGGGCGCGUCCCGGGCCAUCCAGUACUUGCACUGCGGUGCGCAGCCGGUGGUCAUCCACCGCAAUGUCAGCUCGUCCAGCAUCCACCUGGACAUGAACUGGACACCGCGCCUGUCCGGCUUCGGCGCGGCGGUGUAUCAAGCGGCGGGCGAGGAGCAUGGCGGCCAGCUCGUCGAGGAGGUCGUUGGCACGCCCGGGUACGUCGACCCGGAGUAA